UGUGAUUUUAUGUCGCAUCAUAGUAAAAAAACCAAAGGCAGUUACAAAAAAAUUUGCGCUAAAUCAGUAAAAUUUUGAAAUGUCAUGGUCUCCACUUUGACCGGUCGUGCAACAAGUUGUUUUUGGGCCAAUUUUAAACAGUUCCCUACUACACAUAAAAUUAUUAUCUUAAAAUCUAUUUAAACAAAAUCACAAAAAUAAUUAUAAAUCCAACACGAUUCCCAGGCAUAAAACGCAAGCCAUUGCUCGGUUAAAACAACCCCAACCAACCAACCAACAAACCAUCACUUCAAAUGGCAAUUGUUGUUAACUGAUGUUUAUUUAAUUGUUAUUAUUAUUAUUGUUAUUGUUGUUGUUGUCUGAGCCAUUGUGUGUAAAUAACAAAAUAAUUGUUUGCCAUUAAAAGAAGAGUGCAACAAAAGAAUUUUUUUCAACAAAAACAAAAUUCGAAAGCUUAUAUUUUGUAAACCCAGUUUUUGUUUGUUUUUUUUUUGGUAUGAUAAAAGCAAUUAAUGUGCCAAAAAUAAAGAAUAAUUAAAUAUUUGAAAUAUUUAAAAGUUUAUAAUUUCUAAACAAUUUCGUGACUUGUGAUAUUUUGGGCAUCAACAGCACCAUCAUGAAACUACCCAGCAUUUUGAGUAAAAAUGGCUCUGUGAAAGAUGCCACACCAGCCGGUGAAGUAACAUCAACAAGCGGUGCCAAAUGCUCCAUUUUUGGUGUAAGGCAUUUGCAAUGCUUUUUGCUGUUCUGUGGUCUCUCGGUGUCAUAUGCUCUACGGGUCAAUCUCUCAGUGGCCAUAGUGGCCAUGACUGAUAAGGCAGCUACCAAUCCAAACUUUGAUGAAUUCGAUUGGACGGAGAAAACAAAAUCUCUGGUGCUUAGCAGUUUCUUCUGGGGCUAUGUGGUCACCCAAGUGCCGGCUGGCCACCUGGCUCAUAAAUUCGGUGGCAAGCUAAUGUUGCUCAUGGGAAACUUUGUGUGCUCUCUGUUGACAGUGCUGACACCAAUUUGUGCUCGCCUAGGUGAUUGGCAGCUGGUCUGUGCUCUGCGUGUCAUAAUGGGUCUGAGUCAAGGAUUCCUUUUCCCCUCAACACAUACCAUACUCUCGAAAUGGGCUCCAGUGGAGGAGCGUGGUACCUUGGGCACUUACAGCUAUUCAGGGGCCCAAUUCGGUACGGUGGUUAUGUUGGCCACCAGUGGUAUAAUGGCUUCCUCCAGCAUGGGCUGGCCCAGUAUCUUCUAUAUAUCGGGUGGUGUGGGUCUGGUAUGGUCUGUGGCCUUUUUCAUAUGGGGAGCCAGUUCGCCAAGUGAAUGCCGCCUUAUUUCGGCCGAAGAGAAAAAACUCAUUGAGACCUCUAUAGGAUCGGAUAGUGCCAAUGAACACUCGAGCACACCCACCAAAACACCUUGGCUGAAAUUCUUCACUUCGGUGCCCUUCCUGGUGUUGGCCUUAACCCAUUGCACUCACAAUUGGGGCUUCUGGACCUUGCUGACGGAGAUUCCGUCGUACAUGAAGAACAUUCUGAACAUGGAUAUCAAGAGUAAUGCCCUGCUGUCAGCGCUACCCUAUGCUGCCAUGUUUUUGAUGUGUUUCGUCUUUUCAACCAUACAAGCUCAGCUGAGCAAACGCAAAUGCAUACCACUGUCGGUGAGCCGUAAACUGUUCAAUUCCAUUGGCCAUUGGAUUCCUAUGAUAACUCUGAUAUGCUUGGGUUAUGUAUCGGCGAAUAAUACAAAUAUGGCCAUAGUUUUGUUAACCAUUACAGUGGGCAUCAAUGGUGCCACCUAUUUGGGCUUCCAGGUUAAUCACAUAGAUUUAUCACCCAAUUUUGCUGGCAUCCUAAUGGGCAUCACAAAUUGUGCGGCAAAUAUGAUGGGUAUUAUAGCUCCAUUGAUUGUGGGCUUAAUUGUGACAAAUGAGAAAGAUCCCGAUCAAUGGCGUAUUAUUUUCUUCAUAGCAGCCGGCUUCUAUUUCGUUGGCAACUUGCUCUUUGUAGUCUUUGGCAAAACGGAAGUGCAACCUUGGAAUGAUGCUCAACCCUUGCAUUCGACGGCAAAGCGUAACUCCACAUUCGUGGAGUCUCAACAUUAGUGUGCUACUUCAAAUUUCUCAUGAUUCCUGUUAGUUGGUAGACAUUUCUUACACCUAAGAGAAAGAGACCUCAACAUCAAAUUCCACAUUUUCCAAGGAACUGCAAUUUUAUGACAGUUUUACAGGGAUUUUUAAUCAGGUCUUCAGUGAUUCGUUUUUAUGUGCCUUGUUGACUUAUAUUGACAACCGUAUGUAUGUUUACAUGUAAUUUUGUUGUUUGUAAUAGCAAAAGAAACAAAUUAGCUUAAAUAAAUAUUUCAAUAUGAAAUAUUUUCGAUAUACGUUAUGUAUUGUAUUUAAAUACGACUAGUCUAAGUUUAGUUUUAAUGUGAGUAUUUAAGAAUAAUAAAACAUAAAAGAGACUAGAAAAAUUACAAAAGAAAAUAUAAAUAAAUAUUGAAAAUAGA